AUGGAAGUGAUUGAAAAGCUAAAACAAGACGAGAUAGAAGCCAGAUUCUUGGGGCGCUGCAAGCCUCAGGCACAGUUCCAAAAGCCGCGGCCCAAGCCAGCGGCUUCGGCUUUUCAUAAUGUCAGGCCAGGCCAAAGCCGCCACCAGGCUGUGACUUUGGCCCAGCUUGGCUUGGCCUAUUCAGGCCCAGCUUGGCCUGGCCCACGGCCUGAAGCCGGGCCGGAAUUCGAAUGGGAACUUAUCUGGAAGGAUCAAGUACAUGAGCAGGUUCUUCAUGCAUUUGAGGCUGAUCGUACCCUGAAAUACUUGGGAGUCAUCAUAGCUGCUGGUUGUCACUGGGUCUACGGCACCGUGAACCGGGGAAAUCUACUUCCUCAGACAAUGUCAGAGCAGCGCGAUCCAAAUUUCCGCGGCACUAGAUCGCCAGCAUCAUCGUCUGAUGACUCCACGGUAGAGGAGAGGGAAACCCAGAGUUCUUUUCCCUCGUUGGACAUCCCCAACUUUCUCCCCAAAACAGAGAAUGGCGCCUUCUAUAAAUUUGAUCUCCUGGACAUCCUGGACGCCAGGGGAGUGUCCCUCAGAGUCUUUGAAGGAAUUUUAGAUGACCUCCGCCGUAAAAAUAGUGAUAUUUGGUUCUAG